AUUCUUCCAGUUCGAAUACUUAAAUGCGCAUUCAACAGCAGGUCUAUUAUCUCCUGACCUUGUCGCAUUGGCCUUCGACUUGUGUGUCAUUGCGGUUGCUUGUUAGCACUUGACUUGACCCGGACGAAACAAAAGUUGCGACGGCUAAGUGAUUGGCUGCAAAUCCCGACCUGACCAACACGCUGGAGCGUCGACAACCGGAUCAGGUUUCGGCUCGCAAGCCAGGCAACGCAACGUAAAUUUGCACACAACUUUGAACUCCUCCACCAACCACACUUCUUCGUCACAACCACUAGCAAUAGCCCGAACCUUCACCAUGGACUAUAGCUCAUCCAUUAACGAGGCCGACAACCCACACGGCGCAUCGCCAUGGGGUUCCCCGGGAACUUCGCCGCAACACAACCGCACUACCUUUAACGCCGCCGCCACCGCCGCCCCACCCCCGACAUACCAGUCUUUUGAAGCCGCGAGCAAUGGCCUGGGCGUCCCAGAGGACGAAGGUGGCUUUGGGGAUACUGACACUGGGUUUGCAAGGCCAAGCACGGCGAGCACAGCUGCCGCCUCGGAUGCCUUGACUGAUGAAUCGAGGACCGAGGCUGGAGAAUCUCAACAAGAGCACGACGAAGAUAAUCAAGCUGCUGCUCCGACUGAGGGUGCCGCUCAUGGAGAUGCUGUUGCCCAGCAAGAGCAACAUCAACAGCAGGGAAGAGCUGAGGAACAGCAGGCACCCCAGGCCCAACGGCCAGCACAACCUCUAUACAAGCUGCAAGCCAAGAUAACGGGAUUAGAGCGAACCGGCCGCAAGGACCCUAUCUUGAGGUUUGAUGUACAUACCAACUUGCCCAAUUUCCGGACGACACAAUACCGCGACAUCCGCCGCCUCCACUCGGAGUUUGUCAAGUUCGGGGAACACCUGAUAUCAGCCAAUCCCGACGCUUUAGUGCCUGCUGUUCCACCGCCGAUCACCUCUGCUGGUGCUGGGACGGAUGAAGACGAGGCCCGGGUCAAGGCUUUGAUGCAGCGAUGGCUUAACUACGUUUGUAGCAACGAAGUUCUACUGAGGGAUGACGAAAUGAUCCUCUUUGUCGAGAGUGAUUUUGGCUAUAGCCCAAUGGUAAAGAAGAAGCAACCGGCAACAGGUGUGCGCCGCAAGAUCUUGAAGCAGUUCGCCCCGCCGCCUGACGACACGCCCGAGCUUCAGGAGGCCAGGCCUAUCGUGAAGUUAUUUUACCUAGGUUCCAUGGACGCUGGGCACAAGGUUGAUAAGCUUGUGAAAGCCAGGAGAGGAUUGGGCCUCGCCGAAUCCGACUUCGGUGUCAAGCUUGGCGGCAUGCACGUGCAGGAACUCCACCAAGGCCUGGGCAACGCUUAUCGCAAGCUAGGGAAGGUCAUUCAAACUGUUGGUGAUUGUCAUGCUGCCCAGGCAACAGCAGAGGCGACGACGAUGGGAGACCCGCUGCAGUACCACUCAUCUGAUGCCUUUAUUGUGAAAGAAACUCUCACAAACCGUCAGAUCCUUAUUCGGGAAUUUUUGCAGGCGCAAGAGACGACAAGGAGCAAAUUGAACGCAACCGAUAGGUUACGGGCAAGCUCCAACGUGCGGCGGGAGAAGGUCGACGAAGCCAUCGCGGCACUCGAUGAGGCACGGCACAACGAGGUCCAGCUGUACCACAAGACCUCAAGGGUAACGCAAAACCUCGUCCAGGAACGUCGCAAGUGGUUCGCGCGCACGUCUGCCGACCUGCGCCUCAGCAUCAGGGAAUAUGUAUUGCGGGAGAUAGAGGCCGAGAGGCGAACGCUAGCCCUGCUCGAGACGGUCAGGCCGGAUAUUCGCAGCAUUGACUCUUCAGGAGGUCUGAGCAGACUCGGACGUGAGGCACACCCGACACCUCCCAGGCGUGUCAGCAUGGCCGCCAGCCAAGGGCCCAAGGGUGACGCCUGGAGCGGCGUGCCUCGGCGUUCAGACGCCGCCGUCAACCGUAGCCUUUCUGCCUCCACGGGCAGUAUAAUUGCGGCUGGGCUGAGUGAAGAGGGCCAUGUUGAUGGAGAUAUGGCACCGGCCAGGACGCGGACGCAGGCUGAAGAGGACGAUGAUGAUAGGUUGGACGCGAGGAAUGCAGCAAGCAGGUUGGCAACUAGCACGUUCUGAACCAUGACUUGAUUAUUUUUCCUUUCUUUAUUUCAAAAAAAUACAUUAAGCUCGUAUAACCAGUUCUUGGUUGUUGUGGCUCUGCCGGGAAGAUUGUGUUCUUUUUUGGUAAUAGCAAGGGCAGAGCCGGGUUUCCCUCACUCAACGGAAGGGAAUCAAAGUUAUAUUCUUUGCCGACCAAGCUUGAUGUACGUAACUCACAAAGAUACCGAUCUCCU